CAAAAACCGACCAUCAUCAACUUCUAAAUUGAAGUCACAGUAACAUCUCAAAAUACAAGAUCUUACUACGUAAAUGACCUAGGACAAUGGCUUCCGGUCAACCCAUCUGCACCGUCUACGUGCGAAAUCUAGAAGAACGCGUAAAACCCGAACCGCUCAAGGAAGCCCUCACAGCCGUGUUCUCCGAGUAUGGCAAUGUCGUCGAUAUAAUCGCUAAGCGCAACGUCAAAGCUAAAGGCCAGGCCUUUGUUGUCUUCGAUCGCCCGGAGUCCGCGCUUCAGGCUGUGGAGGAGAUACAGGGGUUCGAACUUUUCGAUAAACCGAUGCAGGUUGCGCUUGCGCGCACGCGGAGCGAUGUUACGGUGUUGAGUAGUGGGUCGAAGGAGGAGUUUGAACUGCACCAGCGGAGGAGACAGGCUGAGAAGGACAAAAAGAAAGCCGCCGAAGCAGCAGAAGAACAAAAACGCCUCAAACGCCCCGGCGCCGUCCCCGCGACCGGCGAAGCCGCGCGUCCCGCCAAAACAGCGCGUGGUCUCAAGACUACUGCUCCCUCCGCGGGUCCCAACGCCGUGGUCCCCGACGAGUACCUCCCUCCGAACAAAAUUCUAUUCGUGCAGAACUUACCCGACGAUUACCACGAUAUCGAAGCGUUGUCUGGCGUCUUUGGACGCUUUGAAGGGUUCCGCGAGGUGCGGUUGGUGCCGGGCCGAAAGGGUAUCGCGUUUAUUGAAUACGAGGCUGAGGCUGGUGCUAUUACUGCGAAGGAAAAUACUGCGGGUAUGGCGCUUGGGGAGAAGUUUAUCAAGGUCACGUACCAGAGACAGUAGGUGUGCUGAUGAGGUUUGCGCGAUGGUGGGUUUCUACUUUAUACCCUUUGCAAUUGGCGUGGAUACCGACAGUAGACAGUAAUUAAGAUCAGUAACACAUUUGGCA